AACAUGGCAGACGGAGUGGAUCUUACGCGGUAACUACAGCAACAUUUCAACUGGAACAGACAAAUUCAACACUACUCUGCAACAAGACAUCCACAAUGAGGGAGAGGCAGAAGAAAAAGAAGGGCAGGACGUGGGCGGAAGCCGCUAAAACGGUUUUGGAGAAAUAUCCUAAUACACCUAUGAGCCAUAAAGAGAUCUUGCAGGUGAUCCAGAGAGAAAGGCUUAAGGAAAUAAGUGGAACUUCGCCGCUGGCAUGUCUGAACGCAAUGCUGCACACAAACUCCCGUGGUGAGGAGGGGAUCUUCUACAAAGUUCCAGGCAGAAUGGGGGUCUACACAUUAAAGAAGGACAUCUCAGAUGUGGCGAAGGAGCUGUCUGAGGAGGACUCGGAGGAGAGCAGCGACAAUCUUUCUGACUCCCAGAGCACAGAAAACAACAGCAGCGCCAUCGGAGGAGAGGGCAGGAGAGGAAGGUGGAUGCGAAGAGUUCCCUCCAUGCUACAGUCACAGCCGUCGUCUCCGCAGCCUCGAUGCUCGUCACCUUCUGUCCCCACCAGUAAACUCAUCUCUCCCUCGCAGAAACACAGCAAGAAAGCUUUGAAACAGGCCUUGAAGCAGCAGCAACAGAGAAACCAGCGCAGACAGGGGGGAAUGCCAACCACCUCCAGUCCUAGACUGCUUCUGAAAACCAUCAAAGACAUGGCUGACAACAUUACUACAAAGACUGACUUAUGUCACCCAGCCGUCCCUAGGAAGGUUUCUCAGAGGUCAGGCCGCCUUAGUGCAGGGCAGCUGAAACGGACCAAGUGUAAAAUAGAUGUGGAAACACCAGACUCCAUUUUGGUUAACACCAACUUGAGGGCGAUCAUCAACAAGCACACCUUUUCUGUCCUGCCCCCAGAGUGCCAACAGAGGCUGCUCAAACUUCUGCCUGAAGUUGACCGGCAGGCUUGCAUGGACGGCCUUCUGAAGGUCACUAGUUCUGCCUUGAACAAUGAGUUCUUCACAUCAGCAGCUCAGUCGUGGAAGGAGAGACUGGCCGAGGGGGAAUUCACUCCUGAGUUGCAGCUACGAAUGCGUCAAGAAAUUGAGAAGGAAAAGAGAGUUGAGCUCUGGAAGGAGGCCUUCUUUGAAAACUAUUAUGGUGAAAAUUCUGGGCUCAGCUUUGAGGACUCCAAAGAGCUGACAAAGGCUGAUGUGAAUCAGGAGUCUGCCAGGCCCCAGUCCCCCCCUCAUCACACAGGACCUGCCGCUCAAGCAACAGUGGAUCCCAAGGGCACCAAGGACGGCAGCCAAACUGAUGCUGUUGCUACUGCUGUGAAAGACACGAAGCCAACAAAGGAGCCUGUGAAGUCACAGCCUGCUCAGAGAGAGCCAGUCUUCACCACAGAGCCCAUGAAGACACGGCGCGCACAGUACGCUGAGGAUCGCAAGUUGAACGCAGCAGCACAGUCCGGGCCAACACCAGCAGUAAAAACACCAGAGGUUGAGAGGCAGACUGAACGGGCCGCUGUAGGUACACUGCCUGAAAAGGAGCAUAAAGAGGAAGUGAAGGAUGAGAAAGCUGAACUUCCCCAGUCGCCUGUGAAGAAGAGCCAUCUACUAAAGGCUAGUUCAGAGUUAAAAGAGGAUCAGCCAGUGUCUGUGCUUAAGCCUGCUGAGGAGAGCAAAGAGGUCAUCCCUGAGCCCAGUGGCCCCUCAGAGCCGCUGAAAAGGAAAUCUCUCAGUGAGAUUGGGGAUGAAUUGACACCAGAGAAAAGAUCUCGUAUGUCCUCAGUUUCCUCAGUGUCCUCAGUCUCCUCUGUAUCUCCUCCAGCGUCAUCCAUAUCCAGCCCUGGUACCCCGACAUCAACAACAAAUCAGAGGGUUCCACCACUCAAGAUCUCAGUGUCACGAAUUCUUCCCGUUCCUUUGUCGCCUAGCCAAGUCUCUCCCAGGACUCCCCUCCCGGCUCCACUUAGCAGCCCAGGUCGUACUGGUGCUCGCACUUUGGCUGACAUCAAAGCCAAAGCUCAGCUGGCCCGAGCGCAGCGAGCAGCAGCUGCUGCAGUAUCAUCAGCAUCGAAAGGAGCAGUACCAGGCCCCGGGCCGGGGGGAGGCAGUGGUGAGCAGACACAUCCAUCACCCAGCCCGAGCCCGACGUCCCCACCGGCAUCAACCAGGUUACCAUCCUCCAGCAGCAGCAGCCAGACCAGUACACCACCUUCUCGCCCACUGGACUUUUUUGGCAAGCUAAGCCCAAACCCGUCUCAAAUGUCUUACUCAAGCAAAACUGAGGAAAAACACAAAAGUCAUUCUGCUGAUACUGUCAGUGCAGGACCUGAUAGCAAUCAAAUGCAACUCACUCCGUCAACUGUGCAUGCCCUCAAGGGACAGGAAAACCCAUCACCUGCUGGGUCAACCACCAAAACCAGUUCCUGUAUCCCCGCAAAUAACCCACUGGUCACUCAGCUUCUGCAGGGCAAAGAGGUUCCAUUAGAGCAAAUCCUCCCAAAGCCGCUAGCCAAGAUGGAAGUGAAGAUGUCCAACUUGCCCUCUGGUAGUAAGGGGAAGACAGCACAGUCUGCUGAGCACAGGGGUGAUAAGCAGAUGUCCCACCUGUUCAAUACAGCAGGAAGAGUAGGAGUGCUGUCGGAGUACACAAGACACCACAGGGAACUUCCUGAUAAGGAGACUCAGGAGCAGAUCCUGCAGGCUCUAAUGCAGCGGAAAGGCCAGCAGAGCCAGCUUUAUGGUGGUAUGGGGCCUCAGCACUCUCAGUAUAAAGUUCAUCAGCUGGUGCAUGCAGAAGAGCGUCAGGACCAAUCCAGGAUUUCGGUAGGAUUUCUGGGGCGCAAGAGGAUGCCCAGGCCUGCCAUGACGGGACAUUACCUGCUCAAUGUGUCCACUUACGGCCGAGGACCAGAGAGCCGGAGACUGCACCAGUCUGCCAUCGCAAACACGUCUGUGUCCGGUUUGAAAAGGGAAAGCACAGAAGGAGAGGAGGCGGCUAAGGAAGAAGGACCAGCCAGGAAAUGUUUCGUUCCUGCUUCUGGGGUGAAAACAGAGCAGCAUGGAGACUCAAUAACCAAGUAUGACGAAGCAGCGAGCAUUCAGCAGUGCUCUAUUGUAAAGACUGAGCCUGGAUCAGAGGACAGUGAAGCCGGUGCCAGUGCGACAGCCAAAGACACCAGCCCUUUUUCUCAGUCACACCGAAGGCACCUCGAACUCUGCAAUAGUAACCAAGGAAACUCUGAGCCAUAUCUUACCCACGUGGACCCCAGUCACCAGCGGCAGUCUGCCUUUCAAACCCAGAGAACGCUCGAUAAUCAGGAAGUUGUGGCAGCAUCAUGCUACGGUGGCACUAUCAGCAUGUCUGUACCUCACACUUUGAACCACAGCGCUGCAGGCAUCGGCUCCUCCGCGGCCUCAUCAGAGGUCGACAACGGCGGCCACAGGAGCGUCAUGUCUUUCUCAGUGACUGUCACCACCAUACCCGCCGGUCACUCGUUAGACCACGGCAACCAGGGCGAGCCCUCACCUGAGCAGUCGUUCAUCGAGGGCCCGAGCAUGGAGGACGUCCAGUCUAAAUGCUACUGUAGACUGAAGGCGAUGAUCAUGUGCAAAGGCUGUGGAGCCUUUUGCCACGAUGACUGCAUCGGCCCCUCGAAACUGUGUGUUUCAUGUUUAGUUGUACGAUGAUAAGAUUAAUAAUAAUUAGAAGAUUUCGUGGUCGGCUUGUAUUGCAAGACACAAAGCAGGAGCAGGUCGUUACAGAAUCGCUGCCGGGGUGAAGCGCCUGAGCCACACUCCAGACAAAACAACCAGCAUGUGGUCGCUGUUGGAAAAGCAAGGAUUUACACUGGAUGGUCUUUUGUUUCACCAACAUCUAUGAAAAGUUGUUUUGUGCAAUUUUUUUUUUUUUGGUAGAAAUGUCAAUCCUUUUUGAAUCAAAUCAGUAGUCUGUCAGAUGUGUGACAAACAUAAAAUCUGGCAAUGUUUGCACUCGGCUAGGAUUAGUGUGAUAUAUUUUUUUAAAUAUAUAUAUAUAUAUAUAUAUAAAUAUAUAUGUGUAGUUUUUAAAAAAGGAGGGAAAUUGAAUGUUGCUAUUUUUGUAGAACAUAAUGACUGUUGUUGUGUUUAAGACUGACACUUUUUAUUAUUGGGCCUAAUCAGUUAUGGUUUAAAGGCAAAAAAAAGGGCGUUAAUGAUAAUCAUUGGUUGUAGAGUACCUCCUGGCAUUUAUGCACGCAUGGCAGGGAAGUGCAACUCACAGUAACUUUUAUAUAAAAACUGUACAUUUAUUACUGAACACACUCAGAUUUAAGAACUAGAAAAACAUGUUUAGUUUUAGAAAGAAUAGAAAUGGAAUUUUGAAUGAUGCGAAUUAAUCAACUCGUGACGAUUGCACAUCACACCAUUUUUUGACUAACAGUUACAAGGCGAAGCACUUGAAAACCACCUGGAUAUAUGGUAGUAACUGUGUACAGCACUUACAUUCAAAUAUAGGGAAAAAGAAGAAUCAUUUAUAUAUUAAAAAAAAUGCCUAUAUGUUCCUUUUGACAAAUUGAGACCUUUUCCAUUCCAGGUCAAGGUUUAGAGUCACUUUCUACUGUGUGAACCUUCAUUUUCUCCCCGAAAAAAGCCAGUUUGUAGAUAUUGUCUCCUGUGAGGUGGGUUUGUAUGCUUGUAUGUCUGUAUAGAUAGAUCAGCAGUGGCAAACAGUAAAAAAACAAAAACACUUAAGGCAAGGGGAGAAAAUGAAGAUAAUAUUGUUUUUUUCAGAGUAAAUAUUUGCUCAUUUACGGUAUAUGCAUAGAUGUAGAAAUGUAUUUUAUUUUAUUUGCGCGGCACACAUUGCUUGAGCAUAUCUUGUUUAUUCAAAAAUGAUUUUUACUGAGGAAAGAGUGGAGAAGAACAGUACGUUAUGCUAAAACGCUAAAUGCUUUAUCAUAAAAUGAUUCAGCAUAGCAUGCUUCAGUUUUACAAAACGAUCUGGAGGUACAAUAUGACGCAGAUUAACAGGCGGGUGUAACAUUUCACUUUAAAUUGGCCAGAUUUCCUGAUAAUUGAGAGUUGCCCUCCAGUUUAAUGUGGUAUGAAGCAUUGUAAGCUCAACAUAAUACUGGAUCAUGUUUAUAUAAUGUACAAUAAUGUGUGUGUGUGUGUGUGUGUGAUGUAAAAGGAUGAACCAGCACAUUUGUGGUGUGAACACUGUGUUGUAACAACUUUGUAACUGCAUUACGAUGAUUUUAGCACAGUAUGAUUGCUUACUUUACCACAUAUUAGGGUGCAAAAAAGGCCAGUGUGAAGCGUUACCUCAGCAGGUUUUUCAGGUGUUCAUGCUGAUUGCAAAUUAAGACGCAUCUACUUUAUUUCGAACUCUCCUGGAGGUGCAAAGUAGGCCUGUUUGAUAGCAAUUAUUUCCAAGGUAAUAUGCCAAAGUCACCUUUAAACAAAACAAAAUAAUCAGAACUUGUUUUUAAUGUCUGACUAGUUAAUCAAAGUAAUAUAUUUUAAUUAAUAUAUUUUAAUAUAAAAUCUAUUUGCUAAUUGUUUUUGAAAAUCAACAGGGUAUUUACUAUAAUAAUAUAUUGGCUGUCUGUUUUUUCCAAUAAUUUUGUUUCAACUGGACAGACAACCAUACAGAGAAUAACUUCAUUUUUAUAACUCAAAUUGCCCAGGUAUCAAUAUUCUGUAUGGCCCAGUUUUCUUUUAAUGGAUCCGUUGGUCUGUAUUUUUCUGUAGAGAUGUUGUCUUAUGUGUGUACCCUUUUAGCUGUCUACAUUUGUGUCAUUACCCUAUAAAAACAAAAAGAUAUGUUUUUAAAACACCAUUUUUAGGUCAUUGGAUUAAUCAAAGUCCAUUUUUAAAUGUAUUUGUUAUUAAAUGGGGGGUUGUGUCUUGUGGAAAGUUGGGUUUUGAGAUCAUAGGGCUAGAAUCAGGAAGUUUCCACAUAUUUAGCAUAGUCAUUUCACUAAAACUGGUGUAUUUGAUUUAGUUACCACAAAAUUUAAUUUAGCCCCCAUACACAUUUAGGUCUUAUUUGGUUGAAUGUGAUGUUAGGAUGUAUUUACUCAUGUAGAGUUGGGGACUGGAUUGCACUGCAGAAAACAAACAAAAACAAUCAACCCAAAAGGCAGCUGAAAUCUUUUUUAAUAAGGACUGAAACAUGAGUCAGGCAGCAGUCCCCGCUGUCACUGAAGUUACCCGUUGUGUGUGUGUGUGUUUUCAGAAGAGCAGUUCAUAUAAAACUGGCUGGAAAGUGUCAUGGGCAAUCACCACCAUUAUAAAAAUGUCACGUUUAUCACUAGGUGAAUUUGUUUAAUAUGUCUGUGUCAUUUUGUCUCCAUUUAAACUCCGGGUGAAUGUAACAUAGUAAUCAGCACUUGUAAACAAAGUGUAUUUUAUCAGAAGUUAUAGACUAUUAUGAAUAAAUAAUGAAAAGAAAAA